AUGUCUAAAAUAUCGGAAUUAAAUCACACCAAAAAGCUUGUGGCCGUCUCAUACGAUGAGGAACACAUGGCCUCAACAUAUCACGAUGACAUGGACCAAUAUCACGUAGAAUCCCAUAAAAGAUUAUCGUCAAUUUUAGAAAGGCUCAAAGAAGCAAAAAUUUCACUGGAAUUUGAACACGAGUCCAAUUUAAUUGACCAGCUGUACCAUGUUAAACCUCGGCCGGUUUUCAGGCAGAUUCUUAUGCUUUGUCACACAGAAAAGUAUCUGGACCAAGUAACUUUCUGGACUAACAAGUUGUCUGAACUUAAUUCAUCAUCUGAAUCGAAGAAUGGAAAUAAAUCUUCUGAAAACUACCUAAGCUUGUUCCCGCUGGAUGUUGACACCUAUAUGACGCCAAAAUCAGAACUUGUUGCAAACUUGGCAGUUGGGAGCCUUAUAGAGCUGUGUAACAUAAUAAUGAAAUCUACAGUGAGUAAUACAAAAACUGAAACGCAGAUCAAAAAUGAACCCAAUUCUGACUCAGAUUCAUCUCAAUACACAGAAGCAGAAUUGAACAACAAUCAUGAUUUAAAAGUAAAGAAAAAUGAUAUUAGCUCAAAUAACUCAGAUUUAGGGAAGGGGUUUGCGUUGGUUCGUCCACCAGGCCACCAUGCUACCCCUGAUAAGAUGAUGGGCUUUUGUAUAUACAACAAUGUUGCAAUAGCAGCCAGAUAUCUACAACAUAAAUUCGGAUUGAAAAGAGUAGCUAUUGUUGACUGGGAUGUCCACCACGGGAAUGGAACCCAAGACAUUUUCUACGACGAUAAUAGUGUUUGUUUUAUAUCCCUGCACAGGUAUGGAGAUAAUGAAGAUUCCUUCUACCCAUAUACUGGCUAUUGUGAUGAGAUUGGAGUUGGGAAAGGCUACGGAUACAAUGUAAACAUACCUCUUGAAAAGUCCUUUACAAACGCAGAUCUAGUCCACUCAUUUAACAAGGUGGUUAUCCCAGUCCUGGAACUCUUCGAACCAGAGUUUAUCAUAGUCUCAGCAGGUUUCGAUUCUGGAAUCGAUGACCUCUUAGGAGGAUGCAACCUAGAUUGGGAUGGAUUUUCAUGGGCGACCUUCAAAUUAUGUCAACUUGCAGAGAAAUACAGUAAUGGAAGACUAUUGUUGUCACUAGAAGGAGGAUAUACGUUAUCUAGACUCUCAGAAGACGUCGAGUCAGUGCUUUCCACUUUGGUUAAGUAUGAGCAUUCAUUUUAUGACAGCAGUGUCCAUAAAACUAUUAAAAUUGCACCUGAAUUAGAUGAUGAAGGAGUAUUUGAAUCCACAGCCUCAAUGUGUAAAAAUAUUUGUCAUUUACUUGACCUGUAUGACCUAGCAAAAGAUUUACAGGAUCUAACACUUUUGACCAAAUCUGAAAGAAAACUUGAUGAAAACUCUCAAAUUAAUAAUGAUACUACUUGUUAUAGCUCCGAAAGUUCAUUUAGAGAUGAUAUUAAUGAUGAAUAUCCUAGCCCUUACGAUGAGUCUGAGGUUAAUUUUUUUCAAUACCCUUAUGAGCUUGAUGAUAACACCCUUGUCUUAGCUGCAGGACACAGGAAUCAGUGGUUUCUGCCCACAAAUGGAAAGAAUGACCAAGUCAUAAAAUUGUGUUCCAAGAAAGAAAUUGAUUUCUUUAUCUGGUUAUACAAGCAAAACAAAGUUCCUCUAAAAGUAUACAACCAGCCAGUAGAAGAGUUUAAGCUCCAGUUUUCAAACGGCCCUCAAAAUGUGGUUCGGUCAGGAAUCCGUCUAACAAAUAGAAUUAAGCAUAUAUAUGAUACAAACUAUGUUUCUAGUGUUAAUAUAGACAAAGGUUCGAAAACUACAUUAAAUAAUGAAACUGAUUAUAAUAAUAUAGAAACAUUAAAGGAAACAUUAGGACAAAAUCUCAACCAUACAUGUGCCAUACCAGUAAGUGAAAAUGAAAAGGAUGGUAAAGCAGAAACUAAGGGUUGGGCAAUGUCAUUAAAGAUAAUUGACUACAUUGCAGAAUGUACUGGGAUUUUUGAGAAAUUUGUCUUCGAAAACUGGAAACUUGGCAAAACUUGUGCAAUAAGAUUGAAAAACGUCAUUUAUGGGAUGAAGCUGCCUUGUGUAAUGGACCUUAAAAUGGGAACAAGACUUUAUGGAGAUGACUGCUUUGACCCAAAGGUAAUAGAGUUCAAGGAGUCAAAAGCAAAGGUCAGAAGUUGCAAAACUCAUGGGUUUAGCGUUUCUGGAAUGUUUAAGUGGAACAGGGUAACAAAUAUAGCAGAAUUUGUGCCUCAACACGUGGUCAACAACUCUCGAACCGAUGAUGAAAUUGCAAAACUAUUCACAUUAUACUUCUCGGUUGUGGAUGACAAGGAUUAUAAAAGGGUCAUUUCAAAUAAAUUUGUGGAAAAACUUGAAAAUUUAAAGAUGAUUUUUGAAAGUCAGACUAAUUUGGCAUUAUACGGUUCAAGUUUACUUUUCGUGUAUGACGCCAAAGAAAAAUCAGACAAAAACGAUGUAUUCCUGAUAGACUUAUCACAUGUGUCAUACAAUGUGCGUUCUCUUGACCAUGGAUUCCUGUUAGGCCUAAAUUCAAUUCUUCGCAUAUUAAAAUUAACACAAGAACAAUUUGAAUAA